CGCUCGACUAUCGGUGCUGUGCAUUGAGGCCUCGCGUUGCUUGGCGCUUGACUAGACCAGCUUCGUUCAAAGAGAGGUGACCCAGGUUUCCAGGUCCAAGGUCAAAAAAAUGCGCGAGGACCAGGCGAUGGUCUGCCCUUUCUGUGGUUGGACCAACGAGGCAGGGGAGUAUCAAAUGCUGUUGCACAUGGAGACCCUGCACGCUGAGGACGACCUGCCGUUAGGUGUGAAAGAAGAGAAUAGUUACCGAGCAUCCGCAAGUGCCGACAAUGCUGAGGACGCCCCGUAUGCCGAGUGCCCGAUCGAGGGUUGCGGGGAGCUUCUGGCUCUCCAGGAGCUAGACUAUCAUAUUGAGCUCCACGCUGAGCAAUCGAGCGAGCACCUCCUUAAAGAAUCCACGCCAGCUCCAGAGCCGGACUCGCAAGCCCAGCUCCCGCUUUCCGGGCCGUCAAGGGCUCAACGCGAGGCACAGAGGCAAGGGCAGUCCGAUCUGGCCUCGGUGGAAAACUCUUCCCAAUCCAAGGCCAUCUCGGCGUGGAGGCGGCUGCUUAAGAUGCCGGGGUCCUCUUCGACAAACGUUGUUUCGCAUGCAAAGAGCCUGCAGGAUGAGAAGAAGCCCACGAGUCCGUAUUCCAUACGCGGCAGGCGGCUUGGUAAAGCACAACUUGGAAAAUAUGCGCAUGAAGAGCGUAUGCCGGAUUGGCUAGUUACCCUGCUGAGGAAACACGGUCAAGUCACGUCUCAGGGAGUCAUCCCGGUCCUGGCCCAGCUCCUGGAGCAGAGCUCGUCCACAAAGUACGCCUAUCUCUGCCACCCAUGCGUGCAGCAUGUCUCCAAGAUCAAGCGCGAGGGAGGGUUUUGCGGCUACCGCAAUAUUCAAAUGAUGUGCUCGUUCAUCAUCCACACCAAGUUCAAAGGUCACACCCACUUCCGGGGCGUCAUUCCAUCCAUCUUCCAGAUUCAGGAGGACAUUGAGACCGCGUGGGACCGCGGCAUCAACGCCGAAGGCCGUAUUGAGACGGGCGGGAUCAGGGGAACCAGAAAAUACAUCGGCACGCCCGAGGCAUUAGCGGUGUUUUGUCUGUUAGAAAUUCCCUGCGAGCCCCUCGCAAUCAAGGACACAGAGCCUGCCAAGAGCGAAGCGCAGCUCAUGGAUUACGUCGAGAACUAUUUCCAGUCCGGAGUCGAGGAUCCCACGCAGCGCAUCCGCAGGACAAAGCUACCGCCGAUCUACUUCCAGCACGCGGGCCAUUCCCUGACCAUCAUUGGCUUCGAGAAGCUCAAGAACGGCUCCAAGCAACUGCUGGUCUUUGACCCUUCCUUCCAUGACUCGUCGUCCAUCUUGCGCCUCGUUGGGAAGACGUUUGUGCACCCCUUACCCGAUCUGGCGCUGAGGCAGUAUCGUCGAGGGAAUAGGUAUCUGAAGGCAUACCGAGAGUUUGAGCUGUUAAGGCUACGGACGGACACGGAAGCAACGGGGUGAUAUCGCAGCGUCGCGGCCGGUGCUGUAUUUGACCUACGAUGUAUUUUUUGAUAGAAUCGUUUGUGUUUCACAGCGAGCACCCGGCAUGGAGGGAUAGGUAGAUGGGGGGAGGCAGCCAGUGGCGUCCCUCCUAGUAUCAGCGGUUUAUCAUUCGUGUCUUAGUCUAUACCCUCUCGCAGCGCAUUUUCAAGCCGUCAUUUGCUUCGCAA